AUGAGAAUUUCCUGCAUAUUUUUACUCAUAAACUUUCUCUUCAUAAUUAAUUUGUUGGCACCAUGUAUGUGCUCAGAGAACGUGGUGAAGAAGAAAGUCCUAGAAGCAUACAACUCAAUCAAACAAAAAUUGAAUAGCUAUGAUAAAAAAAAGAAGAACGCAAUAGUAGCAGGUGCCACAACUACAGCCGUUGCACUCAUAUCGGCUUUAAUUGGAGGUGUCUACUUCCUUAAGCACAAACAUAAAAAAGAAUUGGAAGAUCCCGCAACGGUUGCAUUCGUUUUCAACCUUUUAGUUGAUACCGCAGAUGGUGGAGUUAUUCAAUCACAGAAGGCGUACAUCAUGGGAAAGGAAAUUACUAAAACAUUUCCAAGUGAGCAAGCAUUACGAGAAUAUAUAGUGAAGAACAUGAAGGACAGUAGUUCGGAUAAGACUGGUUCUGAUAAGGAAGAUCUUCUGAACUCGAUUAUGCAAAUCAACGUCAAUGUUAAGCAGCCGACUGGUGACACUCAAACAUAA